ACAUUUAAUAACAUGUUUCAAGGAUAAACAUGGAUUGAGAUCACUUGGAUAAUAUUCUUUUACAAUUAGUCUUUCUAACACUUUGUUAGAAUAAUGUCAUAUCAAAUUUUUUCUAGUAAUUAGUAUAAUAUAAUCAUUGCGAUUUUAGUGACCAGUUAGAUGUAAAAUUACGCGCUACGUUUAGAUUUUAAAAGAAAGACGGUCGAAAAGAUAUAAAAUAAAAUUAAUUGUAAUGGCGGAUGAGAUAAUAAUAGAAAAUUCGGACGAAACUGACAGUUCAAGAAAUGCUGCAGACAGUGAGGAGGAAGAGUUAGAUCAAUUAUGUGAGGAAGUACUCGAAGUAUCACAUCAGGAAAUAUAUGAGGAAGUACAAUAUAUUGGCGAACCUCCUUGGAUAGGGAUAUAUAUAAUCAAUAAAUUGAAAGAUUGGAUUUUUUACCCAGAAGACGGGAAACUCGAUCUUAAUAACACGAAUUCUUUUCUGUGUUUCUUAUCAAAGCAGAGCGUAUUUGAAGAUGUGAAAUUGUUUCUUAUAGAACAUAAUUUCUUUUGCAUGGCAAAGUAUUUAUUGAAAAAUGAUCCAUAUUUUGCGACAAUUAAGUUUGUUUUACGUAUUACUAUCAAUUUAUGCUAUAUUAACGAAGUGAUAGAUGAAAUAGCCACAAGCAGAGAAUUUAUUAGAAUAAUCUUAUCUUAUCUGCAAAAGAGCGAAGGGGAUCAGGAAGUAUUAACAAACAUUAUAAUAUUGUUACAAUUAGCGGCAUGUGAAAUUCAGAUAAAUCCUGAGUCAGAAUGGAUAGUUCGUUUCAACGAAUGUAAAUUUUUCGGAGGGAGAAUAAUCUUCCUACUAAAAUCUUCACAAUUUCGGCUUGGUAUGGAAAUAGUACAUUUGAUUGAAUGUAUACAAGAAAUAAAUUUGCCAGAUCAAAUCAAUUUCGUUGAACAGCUAUUUGAUAUUGAUUCAUUGAUUCCUGCUAAGCAAUUAUUUUUCACACACGUCAUACUGGACUGCAAUGAGUUAAGGUUUUCAAAAGACGAAUAUUUUAUCGAAACUUUUUUACGGUUUCUAAUCAUACGACGAAUGGAAGUCGGAACUGACAAAUAUUUAACUGAUCGUUUUAACUUGGUUACAUCGAACUUUGGGAAUGAGAAAUUACAUCAAAAACUUGUUAAUGACAUUUAUUUAGUAAACAUUGAUAAAUGUAUUAGAGUAUUAUACCAAAUUGUGGAAAUGUUACUGAGACGUCUGUAUUUCCCAAAAAUAUAUGGAGGAACUACAAAUUACUUAAAUGGUCUUCUGUUAAUGAUUUUAGUCAUUUUAGAGCGAGCGAAAGAACUACAGUUAUCAGGAAGACAAUAUUUAUUAAUGCAAAAGUUAAAGGAGCAUUUGAAUAUAUAUCGGUUGCAUAUUUUUAGACAAUAUACUUGUAAACAGAUUGGAUAUAUAUUGAUGAAUUUAAUGAAAAAGGACGAAAUUUUUGAAUACUUAGCUGAUUGUAUAAAACGAGAUUUCGAUAUGAUACCUGAGUUGUGUGAAAAAAUGAAAAAUGUUCUAAUCGCAUGUCAUGAAAUUCAUAAUUAAUUAGUGCUUUACCCAUGUAAUACAAACAUAUAAAAAAGGUCUUUUCUUUGUUUAUUUUGUAUGUAUAUUACUUGUAAAAGUAUUUUUUUUUAUUGGCAAGGUGACAGUGACAGUUUAAUUUAUUUUGUCGUGUUUUAUCUCAUAUUUAACUAGAGAAUAUGUGAAAGCAUAUAUAGAGACAGUUUUUCGUUAUAUGAUAUGUGAAGCUACUGAUUAAAUUUAUUAAGAGUUCGAUCAAUUAUUGUAAUAAAAUAAUAUAAAAUAUUCGUAACUAUGCGGAUUCGCGGUAGCUUCGCUUUGUACUUUGCAUAAAACAUGACCGUGUGUUCUAAUUUCUUUAAAAUUUCACUAUCAAUACUCAAUCGAUGUGAAUAGCGAAAUGGAAAGGAAAUUUUUUGAAUAGUAUAUAUAAAUGUUAUAUAUACACAUAUUUAUAAAUA